UAACAUGAAUCAUUUUUACUUUUAUUUCAGAGUUCAUUGAAGAGAAUGAAGAAUCAAGUGAAGUUGAAGAGAAAAAUCAUAUUAAAACUGGAGGAAAACCUUUGAGUUGCUCUCAAACCAAACAGAAAGAAAUAAAGAAAAAAAGAGUCAAGAAAUCAUUCACCUGCACUCCGUGUGGAAAGAGAUUCACACACAAAGCAAGUUAUGGGCGUCACAUGAGAAUUCAUACUGUAGAGAAACCUUUCACUUGUGAUCAGUGCGGGAAGAGUUUCAAACAAUCAGCAAACCUUAAGAGACACAUGAAGAUCCACACUGGAGAGAAACCGUACACAUGUGAUCAAUGCGGUGAAAUGUUUUUAUGGGCUUCACUUCUUAAGAAACACUAUAAAUUUCAUUCAAAGGAGAAACCACAUUCAUGUACUUUGUGUGGUAAGAGUUUUUGGAAUCUACAAAGUUUGAAAGAACAUAAAAAAAUACAUACUAGUGUGAGAGCGCACAUGUGCUUUGAGUGUAAAAAGAUGUUUAAUUCAGUGAGCAAUUUAAAACAGCACGCUAGGAUCCACACUGGAGAGAAACCUUAUAAGUGUGCACACUGUGACCAGAGAUUUAAUCAAUCAACACAUCUGAAAACGCAUGAGAUGAUUCACACUGGAGAGAAACCGUAUAAAUGUUCACACUGUGACAAGAGAUUCAGAGAUUCAUCACGUCUGAAAACACAUGAGAGGAUCCACACAGGAGAGAAACCGUAUAAAUGUUCACACUGUGACAAGAGAUUCAGAGAUAAAUCAAGUCUGAUAACACAUGAGAGGAGCCACACAGGAGAGAAACCGUAUAAAUGUUCACACUGUGACAAGAGAUUCAGAGAUAAAUCAAAUCUGAAAACACAUGAGAGGAUCCACACUGGAGAGAAACCAUAUAAGUGUUCACAAUGUGACAAGAGAUUCAGUCAUUCAUCACGUCUGAAAACACAUGAGAUGAUCCACACGGGAGAGAAACCAUAUAAAUGUUCACAAUGUGACAAGAGAUUCAGAGAUUCAUCAAGUCUGGUAACACAUGAGAGGAUCCACACUGGAGAGAAACCGUAUAAAUGUUCUUACUGUGACAAGAGAUUCAGUGAUUCUUCAUGUGUGAAAUCACAUGAAAGGAUCCAUAAUGGAGAGAAAUCUUUUAAGUGUUCACAGUGUGACCAGAGAUUCAGUCAUUCAUCAAGUCUGAAAACACAUGUGAGGAUCCACACUGGAGAGAAACCAUAUAAGUGUUCACUUUGUGACAAGAGAUUCAAUUGUUUAUCAAGUCUAAAAACACAUCAGAUGUUCCAUAUUGGAGAGAAACCAUAUAAGUGUUCACACUGUGACAAGAGAUUCAUUGUUUCAUCACAUCUGAAAAUACAUGAGAGGAUUCACACCGGAGAGAAACCUUAUAAGUGUUCACACUGUGACAAGAGUUACAUAGAUUCAUCAAGUCUGAAAAGACAUGAGAGGAUCCACAAUGGAGAGAAACAUUAUAAGUGUUCACACUGUGACAAGAGUUACAUAGAUUCAUCAAGUCUGAAAAGACAUGAGAGGAUCCACACUGGAGAGAAACCGUUUUAAUGCACUGUACGCGGGAAGUGUUUCAUUCAGUCAUCUUUUAUACACCGUUAUACAAAAAACAAUCACAGUAAGGCCCCGUACACAUGGAGACACGUUUAGCUGUAUAUGGAAAUAUUUUGUAUGAUAUAUGUGUUUUGUCCAGGUGGAUACGACAUAUUGGGAGAAUGAAAUCACUACUUUUCUUUUUAAACCGGGUCCCAGAGUGGCUGAAUCUAAAAAUUACACCUUUGCGUUUUCGUGUGUACAGCCAAUCCUUUAUUUAGUGGAACAAUGAUGUCAUGGAAGAUCAUGUGACCCUUCGGCAGCAAAGCAGUCCGUGAUCAAAAGGGGCUGAGGGCUCAGAUGCAGCGGGCUUCCUCAGAGCAAAUAUUUCCAAGUAGAUCCCCUCACUGAAAGGCUGUGACAUCAUGACUGACCGGGCACAUUGUGUGUAUCAUGGAAGGAAAAACUCAGUUUGGCAAUGUACUCUCAUUUUCCUUGUACUAAGAUGGCAUGACAGGUCAGCGAUCCUGAAGGGUGCUCGGCAGGCAUAUCCGGUGAAAUAUACACAGGGAAAUGUCACGCUACUAUGUUUUUUCCUGACUUUAGUCCAGCCACAACUACCAAGAGAAAGAACUUUAAUCCAGUCUUUCCCAGUUUAUCUAAAAUGUUAAACUACCCAGAAUAAAACUUGCCAUGUGAAUUAUAUUAUUUAUCCUUUCAAAUUAAGGCUCUUACUAUUUGGGCUGAUCCUCAAUCUAAAGCUUCACGGAGUGCAAUCCAAGCUGACAAGGUUAAACCACAUAAACUCCAAAAUAUUUUAUUUGCUGAGUUUAUGGUCAAUUAUUACUCCCAGAAAGGAGUUUUCAUAAACUCUUUCUAAUCUGGUGUUAUCACACAGUACUUCAAUAGUUUAAUCUUCAGGAAUUCUAUGUUUCCCAAAAAUCAUAAAUUUAGUUUUCUUUAUAUUAAGAGAGAAUUUGUUUAAAUCAAACAAAUCAGAAGUUUUGACUAUCAUUUAUGUAUAAUAUAAAUAAUUUUGGUCCUAGUAUUGAACCUUGUGGUACACCAUAUAUUGGACUUUACCUCUCCCAUCUGCACAAAUUGUUGUCUAUGUUCUAAAUAGCUUUUAUUCAAAUUAGCCCUAUUCCCCUAAUUCCAUACGUUUCCAAAUUUUGAAGCAAAAUGUGAUUAUGUAUUGUAUCAAAGGCCUUUUUAAGGUCAAUGAAUACACCUAUAGCAAACUUCUUAUCAUCAAUACUAGUUGUUAAUUCUUCCACCAGGUCAAUUAGAGCCAGAGAUGUAGAACGAUUUGAUCUAAAACCAUAUUGACUAUCAGUUAAGAUCCCAUAUUAUCAAUAAAACUGUCCAAUCUGGUGGAAAAUAUCUUCUCCAGAAUUUUAGAAAAUUGGGGAAGCAAUGAAAUUGGCCUAUAGUUAGUGUAGAAAUUCUUUUCACCAGCUUUAAAGAUAGGAACGACUUUAGCUAUUUUCAUCUUUGUGGAAAAAAAACCCAAUUUCAGAGAGAGAUUGGAAAUAUAUACUAUAGGAUCUACUAUUGCUACAAUUUAUUGUUUAAUUAAAAACAUAUCAACAUCAUUACGGUCUCUUGAUGUUUUAUUCUUAAAGUUAUUGACAAUAUCAAGCACUUCAGUUUUAUCAGUGUCUCUCAAAAAAAUAGUUGCUGGAUUUCUUUCUUCAAGAAAUUGUGAGACAAUCCCUCCACAAGAGGGCGAUAUCUCAUUUGCCAGAUUAGGGCCUACCUUCACAAAGAAUUCAUUGAAGCCAACCACGACUUCAUUCCUAUUUUUAAUUAUUUUACCCUUAUCAAUAAAUUUGGUUGGAAAUCCAA